AUGACAAUCUACUCACUAUACAUCUUUGACCGCCACUGCGACUGCGUCUACUACCACGACUGGCACCGCACGCGCCCCGUCCGCGCGGGACCCAACGACCGGCCAGGCGUACACCGCCUGCCGACGGCCAGCGGGCCCGGUGCGCGCGAGAGUAUCUUCAGCAACGCCAAUUCCAACUCGAACUCGGCGAGCGGCAGCGGCAGCCAGCAGGGGCUAGGCAUGGGCCAGCCGGGCCAGCAGCAGCAGCAGCAACAAGGUCCCGCGCCGCAGGCGAACGGCACCGGUGCGGCGAGCAAGCGCGGCCUGCCGUUUGACGAGGAGGCCAAGCUCGUGUACGGCGUGGUCCUCAGUCUGCGCAACAUGGUCAAGAAGCUGUCGGGCAAGGACGACGAGCAGUUUACAUCGUACAAGACAUCGCAGUACAGGUUACACCUGUACGAGACGCUCACGGGAUACAAGUUUGUGCUCCUGUCGGACCCGCAGGCCGACUCGCUGCGGUUCGUGCUGCGACAGCUGCAGACGGGGCCGUUUGUCGACUAUGUGGUCCGCAACCCGCUCGUGGACCUGGAUUCGCGCACGCAGGGCAUCGAUAAUGACCAGUUCCGCACCGCCGUCGACCGCCAUAUCCGCUCGCUCACAAUGUUCGGCCCAUGA